AUGUGGGGUGUUAAAAAGCUGUCGUACUCCGAUAUGGCUAUCGGAAUACGGCAGUUUUUUUAUGUAGGCAGCAGGCCUCGGAAGAUGGGGCCGACGUCCAGCCGGGAAUGGAGCAGGCCUCGGAAGAUGGGGCCGACGUCCAGCCGGGAAUGGAGCAGGCCUCGGAAGAUGGGGAUGACGUCCAGCCGGGAAUGGAGCAGGCCUCGGAAGAUGGGGCCGACGUCCAGCCGGGAAUGGAGCAGGCCUCGGAAGAUGGGGAUGAUGUCCAGCCGGGAAUGGAGCAGGCCUCGGAAGAUGGGGAUGAUGUCCAGCCGGGAAUGGAGGUAA